AGCGACACCAGCUCCAUCAAAUUAUAAUACCAGCGAUAAUAUCUCGCAUACAAUUUUGUCGAAUGUGUACGAUAUCAUGGGCAGAAGAUACAUUGGUAGACAUGCUCCCAUGGUCGUUCAUACUAUAUAGAGAGAGAAAUAUUGGGAUCAGGUGCGGUCUUCGACAAUGAGUCCGGCGGCGCUACCUUCAACAAGCCCGAGUAGGGCUUCAAUAGCACCGAUAUGGCCUCUUUUAUUCCAUAGACACUCAGCCCCCCAGAUAUCCAUGCCAGCACAGCCCACGGGGCCCGGCUCUACAUCCGCGUCCACACCGAUAAGGUCACUAUCCAGCGCGGACAUCGCUGGGGCUGCCGUCGGGGCCGUGGCCGGCCCAAUGUUAGUGGCAGCGCUACUAUGUCGGCUUUCAUCGGCCGCGCACGAGAAAGGGAACCCGUGCAGCACCUAGCAGUGAUUUGGCCACAGACGCAGGCAGAUCAGCCGGCCGGACAUACCUGGGAACCAGCCAAUCUACGUGCUGGUUGACUACUGCAUCCACACAGCGGAGAGAUGCCAACGGAAAUCCCGCGCCAAGAGAUGCCAACCCAUUGGAGUUGACCCGAGUCUUCUCUGUCGCACAGGCGGUAGUCUAAAUUUCAAAGUAAGGAAGAAGAG